AAGGGCUACUACAGGAGAGGAACGGCUUACCUCGCCCUUCACAAACUGAAGCAGGCUAGAGCUGACUUCCGAGAGGCCGUGAAAAUUGAGCCGGCGAACAAAGACGCUCGCAGCAAGCUGAAUGAGUGUGAGAAGGUGAGCGGUAGGAGUGGAGAGAAGAUCGGGACUGAGUGGGAGGGGAAGCGGGAGACGCUGAGCGUGACGAGAUCGCAGGACACGAUCGAAGUCGAGUCGACGUACACGGGGCCCCGUCUUGAGGAUGGGAUAGUGACGGAGAAAUUCAUGGAUGAGCUUCUUCUCUGGCUUAAGGCGGAAAAGAAGUUGCACAAGAAGUACGUCUAUCAGAUCCUGUACCAGGUUCGCAACAUUCUCAAGCAAGAGAAGACAGUGGUGGAUGUUCCUGUGGUUGCGGGAGAGAGCAUCACAGUAUGCGGCGACGUCCAUGGACAGUACUACGACCUGCUGAACAUCUUUGAGAUGAACGGAAAACCCUCCAAGGCGAAUCCCUACCUGUUCAACGGAGACUUUGUCGAUCGCGGCUCCUUCGGGCUGGAGGUCGUGCUCGCCCUGUUUGGCUACAAGUGUCUACUGCCCAACCACAUGCAUCUCAACCGCGGCAAUCAUGAGAGCGUCAACAUGAACAAGAUCUAUGGGUUUGAGGUAGUGGGGGGGGAGGAGGAGGCGGAGAGAUAA